AUGCACACAUUCAUCCACCUAGCUGUCCUCGGCCUCGCCACCACGAGCGUCGCUUUGACGAAUUCUGAGCUUCCAUCGCCUGACGCUCUCCCCACCUCUUAUCCCGACGCUCCCAAGUCCUUUGAAGCCUUGGUAGAAACACUCCCUAGAUGCCACCGACGCCAUAUAAAGCAGGGCUUCGAUCAAGAGUUUGCACCCUCCUGUGGUGCAGAUGCUUACAGCAGCUCCGACUCGAAUGAUCACAGAUGCGUCUGUACAGCCAUGCAUCUUUAUGACUUUAUGAGCCUGAUACCGAAAGGGGGUUCGUACUUGCAGACCCAGUGUCCGAGCCUCACUGAUAAUGAAUCACUCGACACUAUCGGCAAAAUCGGGGGCCUAUGGGAAUUGUGCGCACCGUACGGCCGUAAGUUUCUUCCUUACAUAACGCUGGCCAAGUGUUUGCUGAUAAAAACUCCCAGAAAGAUACUCCGCUCUGGCCGCUCAGUGGUCUCAUGUUUUGACGACAUUCGGUAA